CGGGGUAGGCGUGCGCGGCUGGGCAGGGCCGGCCAGUGCCCCCGGCCCGCGCCGCCGGGCCCAUGGCGCUGCAGGCGCUGCCCAGCUCGGGGGUGGCCUUCCGCAGGAUCCUCGCCCACUUCCCCGAGGAGCUGAGCCUGGCCUUCGCCUACGGCUCGGGGGUGUUCCGCCAGGCGGGGCCCAGCUCCAACCAGAAGGAUGCGAUGCUCGACUUCGUGUUCGCUGUGGACGACCCUCUCGCCUGGCAUUCGAAGAACCUGGAGAAAAAUUGGAGCCAUUACUCCUUCCUCAAAGCCCUGGGGCCCAAGAGGAUUGCUGCCAUCCAGAACAACUACGGCGCGGGGGUGUACUACAACACGCUGGUCAAGUGUGAUGGGCGGCUGAUCAAGUACGGGGUGAUCAGCACAGCAGCCCUGAUGGACGACCUCCUCAACUGGACCAACUUGUACGUGGCAGGCCGGCUGCAGAAACCGGUGAAGAUCCUGGCCCUAAGCGAGAACGCGGGUCUCCGCUCCGCCCUGGACAAGAACCUCCGGAGUGCAGUGAGCGCGGCCUUCCUCAUGCUCCCCGAGAGCUUCUCCGAGGAGGACCUCUUCACCGAGAUCGCCGGGCUGUCCUAUGCAGGGGACUUCCGGAUGGUGGUCGGCGAGGACAAGAGCAAAGUGGCCAACAUCGUGAAGCCCAACAUCGGCCACUUCCGGGAGCUGUACGGCGGCGUCCUGCAGCAAAGCCCCCAGGUGGUGUACAAGAUGCAGCAGGGCCGGCUGGAGAUAGACAAGAGCCCAGAAGGUCAGUUCACACAGCUGAUGACCCUGCCCCGGGCCUUGCAGCAACGGAUCAACUUCCUCAUGGACCCUCCCGGGAAGAACCGAGACGUGGAAGAGACGCUGCUCCAAGUGGCCCAUGACCCUGACUGCGGUGAUGUGGUGCGCCUAGGGCUCUCGGCCAUAGUGAGGCCGUCCAGCAUGAAGCAGAGCGCCAAAGGCAUCCUCACGGCAGGCAUAAAAAAGUCCCUGGUAUAUAGCUCCCUAAAGAUGCACAAAAUGUGGAAAGGAUGGCUGAGGAGAACCCGCUGACGUGGCUGACUCUGACAGACCUGGCGCACCGAGUAAAGUGCUCCUUUUGGACAAAACAGUGCCUGGCUUGGCGCCUUACUCCCGCCUGAAGGGGCC